AUGGCAAAGCAAAUAAUGUCUUCUUCAAACUUGUUAUUUUUCUCUCUAACUCUGCUAAUCAUCACACUCUCCCAGAUACCAAAUUUUGGUUCUGCUUCUUUGGGGGAAGCCAAUGCUUUUCUUAAAUGGAAGGAAAGCCUUGAAAUCCCAAAAAACUCCUUGCUCUCUUCAUGGAUUUCCCUCCCUUUGAACUCGAGUGCAUCGGUUCCAUGCACUUCUUGGUUUGGAGUAUUUUGCAAUGCUGAUGGGAGCAUUCACAGGUUGAACCUCAGUUCAUCCGGCUUAAAAGGUACACUCCACCAAUUUCCAUUCUCUUUGCUACACAAUCUUACACAUUUUGAUCUCAAUACAAACAACUUCUUUGGCCCCAUUCCACCAGAAAUCAGACUCCUGACCAAUCUUGUAUAUCUUGAUUUUUCAAUGAAUAAGUUUUCUGGUCCCAUUCCUGUUGAACUUGGGAAUUUAAAGUCUCUCACUGAUCUUGCGGCGUACAACAAUCAACUUAGUGGUUAUAUACCUUCAUCGUUGGGUGAUUUGACAUCUUUGAAUGCCCUUUAUUUGUAUGAAAAUCAAUUCUCUGGUCCCAUUCCUGUUGAACUUGGGAAUUUAAAGUCUCUCACUAAGCUUGAGGUGGGCUACAAUCAACUUAGUGGUUAUAUUCCUUCAUCAUUGGGUGAUUUGACAUCUUUAAAUGUCCUUUAUUUGUUUCAAAAUCAACUCUCUGGUCCCAUUCCUGUUGAACUUGGGAAUUUAAAGUCUCUCACUGAUCUUGAGGUGAGCAACAAUCAACUUAGUGGUUCUAUUCCUUCAUCAUUGGGUGAUUUGACAUCUUUGAAUGUCCUUUAUUUGUAUGAAAAUCGACUCUCUGGUCCCAUUCCUGUUGAACUUGGGAAUUUAAAGUCUCUCACUGAUCUUGCGGUGUACAACAAUCAACUUAGUGGUUCUAUUCCUUCAUCAUUGGGUGAUUUGACAUCUUUGAAUGUCCUUUAUUUGUAUGAAAAUCAACUCUCUGGUUCCAUUCCUGUUGAACUUGGGAAUUUAAAGUCUCUCACUAAGCUUGAGGUGAGCCACAAUCAGCUUAGUGGUUCUAUUCCUUCAUCACUAGCAAAUUUGAGCAACCUACAAUGGCUGACCCUCAGUGAUAAUAAAUUAUCUGGUCCCAUUCCUAGUGAACUUGGGAAGUUGAAGUCUCUAACUGAACUUUCGGUGUAUGGAAAUCAGCUUAGUGGUUUUAUUCCUUCAUCAUUUGGUGAUUUGACAUCUUUAAAUCACCUUUAUAUGCAUAACAAUCAGCUUGCUGGUCCCAUUCCUAGUGCACUUGCGAAGUUGAAGUAUCUCACUGAUUUUCAGGCGAGCAGCAAUCAAAUUAGUGGUUAUAUUCCUCCAGCGUUUGGAAAUUUAACUCAACUACAAAGGCUUGAUCUGUCUUCGAAUCAUUUGGUUGGUGAGAUCCCAAAGGAGUUUGGGAAGAUGAAAAAUAUGUUGGAUUUGUACCUGGCUGGCAACCAUCUUUCAGGUGUUAUACCUCUAGAGCUUGGAUUUUGUGAACUUCUUGAAGUACUCGAUCUAUCCAAAAAUAGAUUGAAUGGGUCGAUUCCAACAAGUAUCGGACAAUGGGCACAAAUCCACUUCUUGAAUCUUAGUAAUAACAAGCUCAGUGAGAAAAUUCCAUCCGAGAUUGGUAGAUUAGUUCAUCUUACGGAACUUGAUUUAUCUCAUAACUUUCUCACGAAAGAGAUACCAUCUGGAGUUCAAAGCUUGCAGAGUUUGCAAAAAUUGGAUCUUUCUCAUAAUAGACUAUCCGGUUCUAUUCCAGAUGCUUUUAAAAGUUUGCCUAGCGGGAUUGAUAUCAACCUUUCUUUCAAUAAUCUCUCAGGUCCAGUCCCCCCUUAUGCCAACUUUGUGAAUGCGUCCAUAGAAAGAAAUCCAGAUUUGUGUGGGAAUAUUACGGGAGUGAAACUUUGUCCAAGUCAGAUUAUGAAGAAGAAAAAUGAUCCCUUUCAUCAUAAGCUUAUCCUUGUAAUUAUGAUUCCACUUAUCGGGGCUAUUUUACUUGGUGUAUUCACGUAUGGCCUCAUUUCUUAUCAACAACAAAAGAAAAAGUCUCCACAAAAACCAUUGGAUGAAGAAAGUGGUGAUUAUUUCUCUACUACAACUUUUGAUGGAAAAGUGGUGUAUGUUGAUAUCUUGAAGGCAACAAAUGACUUUGAUGAAGCAUAUUGCAUUGGGACCGGAGGAUAUGGGACUGUGUACAAAGCCGAGCUACAACCAAACAAUGUGGUAGCUGUCAAGAAACUUCACUCAUCAUCCGAGAAUGUUGAUCAUAAUGGGUUCAUUAAUGAGGUACGAGCAUUAACGAACAUAAGGCAUCGCAACAUAGUGAAACUCUAUGGAUAUUGCUCCCAUAUCCGACACUCAUUAUUGAUUUAUGAAUACCUUGAAAACGGAAGCCUUGGAUCAAUCUUAAGAAGCGAUGUCUUUGUAAAAGAAUUGGAUUGGUUGAAAAGGGUCAAUAUUGUAAAGGGUGUGGCUAAUGGUUUGGCUUAUAUGCAUCACGACUGCUCACCACCUAUAAUUCAUAGAGACAUAUCCAUAGCCAACAUCCUUCUUGAUUCUGAUUGCGAGGCACAUAUUUCUGAUUUUGGCACAUCCAAGCUUUUAAAGCUAGACUCCUCCAACUGGACCGCAAUUACAGGCACCUACGGUUAUAUCGCGCCAGAGCUUGCUUAUACGAUGGUGGCAACCGAGAAAUGUGAUGUGUAUAGCUUUGGAGUUGUUGCACUAGAAGUGGUCAUGGGAAAGCAUCCUGGAGAACUGAUAACAUCUUUACCAACAUUGUCUGCAGAUUAUCUGGUACCAAAAAAUGUGGGAGAUAGUCGGAUACCUCCUCCCACAUCCCAAGUUGAGAAACAUGUUAAGUUGGUUUUGAGUCUCUCAAGAGCAUGUUUGAACUCCAAUCCACAUGAAAGACCAACAAUGCAACAAGUUUCAAAUCUGUUAAUGAAGGAUCUCAUGUGAAUUAUCAUCUCUUGCUUAUAGUCUACUUUCAGUGAUCAUUACUUUUCUCAAGUUUCCUAUAUGCAUCAUUUCAUUAUGUACUCAUUUGAAUGGCUUUUUGUUAAGAAACUUCACAUAUGUUUGUAGUAGUAAAGAAAUAAGUCGAUGAAGAUUACUAUACUUCUAAAAACACACUACUUGAAACC